AUGGAAGCCGCUACCGUCAGAGGGCCGUCCGCCAGCUCCAUGGGUGCCACUGACCACCGCAGGAGAAUCGGAUCAUUCUCGUCUGCCGGCUCGCAGCAUCUCGACGACCUACGAAACCCUGCGGCCUUGGAAUCCCUCGGCUUCCCCUCCAUAGUUGCGAACCGCCAAGCACUCAUCAAGCGCCAAUCAUCGCGCCCUACCUCCCCGCUUAUCUCGCCGCCCCCGUCCGUCGACUCGCUCCCUCUUCCCAUACCUACCGAAGAUGCCAACAAGAUUCUACAACUUAUGAAGAACUUGUGUGGACGUAUGAGGGGCGAUGUCGAAUAUAGGCUCGAGCCUUCGGCGCCAUGGAAAUCAGGCAUGGCCUACAUCGAGGAAGAGAAGGGAACCCUCAUGUUGGACUCGGGUCUUGACGGCCCGUUCCACAUGCCGCUCAUAAAUGAUCUCCGCGGCUGCCGUAUCCGGCCCCUCGACCCACAGCAAAACGGCCGAUUUGACUGUUUAGAAAUCAUGACUUCAAUGCCCCCUGUGGAUCUUGUCAUCAAGCCAUCGGUUCAGGAAGAGAUGGAUCUCUGGCUUGCCGCUUUACUUUGUUGGCAGCAGUUGCGGCCUGUGGGCGGCCUCCCAGCCAGCAGCAAGCCCACGAGCCCUGCCAACCCAUCACGACCGGAUCUCAGGCGGCGUACCUCCUCGAACGGACCGUCCAAAAGCGCUAGUAUCAUCAAGGUGGGCAAAGUCAUGCUCUGGGACAAGGGUCUCGCCACUUCACCACGGGCCAUUGUCAAGCGCCCUUCUACCAGAGAUCUGAGGUCUCCUGCAACCUCGUGGAGGAGAGUUUCCUGCAUCUUGCAGGACAAUGGCGAGCUCAAGCUCCUGACCGAGACGGAUAGCUCCAUUCUAUCCGUGAUAGAACUGUCUCAGCUCUCUCGCUGUGCCGUCCAAAAGUUAGAUCGCACCGUCCUGGAUGAGGAAUACUGCAUCGCCAUCUUCCCCAUCUAUUCCUCCACCUCUACCCAACUCUCCAUCUUCCGACCAGUGUAUGUGGCGCUCGAUACGAGGGUCCACUUCGAAGUUUGGUUCGUGCUUCUCCGCGCCUUUACCGUAGCCGACAUCUACCGGCUAGACCCUGCGAGCAAGGAGGGUGUUUCGGAAGUACUGGACCUGAGCUCCCAUGACGCGCAAGGCAUCUUUCGCAUCGAGAAGUCCCUGAGCCUGCGCUUAACCGAGGCCAAGAUGCGACCCAAGCCGGGAAAUGUCGAUUUUGGCCCCUUGCAGAGGGUGGAACCUCAAGAAAACCUCAUGGGCAACUACCUAGCCGAGGUGAUUAUGGAUGGCGAGGUGCGGGCCCGGACAACCACCAAGACGCAGACCAAAAACCCUUUUUGGCGAGAGGAUUGUGAAUUCUACGAUUUGCCCCCAAGCUUCCCCUACGUUUCCGUCGUCUUGAAGAAAGUCGAGGGUAACAUGGAGAGCGUUACGCACCAGCUGCAGGCUUCACUCGGGUUGCCCAAGACUGGCAAUUUGACCGAAGUCGUGUGCGGCGCGGUGUAUAUACCGGUGGACGACCUGGAUCGCGGCAAGGACCACGAAGAGUGGCUUCCCAUCCUCGAUGACAGGCAGCAGACGAUUGGCACCAUGUUUGUCAAGAUCCAUCAUGAAGAGCUCGUUGUGCUCCUUUCCAAAGAAUACCAGCCUCUCUCUGAGCUACUGCACCGCUUUCCGUCGGCCCUCACAUCCCAAAUCGCGAGCGUAAUGCCCCACCAUCUCCGACGACUAUCUGAACUAUUUCUCAACAUCUUUCAGGUGUCCGGGAUGGCGGGAGACUGGCUGAUGGCCCUCGUGGAGGACGAGAUUGACGGUAUCGGCAACCAGGCAUCCAUCAAGUCGUACAGGUUCAGCAAGCGGCUACGGUCGAGCGAAUCGCUGGAUUCAGCUAGCGACCGGGAGCAAAUCUCACUCGAGUUCCAUAUGCGCCGCCUCGGCAAGGAGUAUCUCGAGGACGUGCUGCUAGACAAGAUCUUCGAGAUCAACGAGAUCAACCCCGACUGUGAGGUGGACCCCAGUCGACUCCAGGAAGGCGAUAUCCUGCAGCACCACUGGUCCCAGCUCAUUCAGCUCACCACCGAGGUGUGGAACUGCAUCGCCGCGUCGGCCAGUAGGCUGCCGCCGGAACUAAGGCACAUCCUCAAGUACAUUCGUGCGGUUGCAGAAGACCGGUACGGCGACUUCUUACGUACCGUUUCUUACACCAGUGUUUCUGGGUUUCUCUUCCUUCGAUUCAUCUGCCCCGCCAUCCUCAGCCCCAAGCUGUUUGGGCUGCUUCGAGACCACCCCCGCCCAAGAGCGCAGCGUACCUUAACACUCAUCGCAAAGGCUCUUCAAGCCCUGGCCAAUCUAACUACGUUUGGUCAAAAGGAGUCUUGGAUGGAACCAAUGAACAAGUUCCUGGGCUCCCACCGUCAGUCCGUCAAAGAGUUCAUCGACAACGUAUGCUCCAUCCCCGCAGAGCGCGGUACUAACCCCGUGCCCGCCUCGUACUCCACCCCCAUAACGAUCCAGGGCCGCCUCUCGGCCAUCUCGCGCGAGGGCUUUCCAUCACUGCCCUACCUGAUUGACCAGUCCCGCAACUACGCCGGCCUGGUCCGGCUCUGGGUCGACGUGAAUCCACUCGCCCACCGCUCGCCCAAGGUGUCCAGGUCACAACAUGGCCUCUCCCCGCCCUCGGCCGAUGGCCAGGACAGCUCUGACGGAGACUUGCUUAUAUUCAACGAUGUCUGCCAAGAGCUGCAGCAGCGCGCCGACGAGUGUUUUGCGCAGGUGGAAUCAAUCAGAGCCAAGGACGCGGCACCACAAGCACUUGCCAUCUCGGCCGUCGAUGCGCUAGCCACCGCAACAACCUCGUCGGCUGUCAUCACCACAGACGAGCUUGCGGACUCUCUUGAUCAUGUAUCUCUCUUGGAUAGCGUGGUGAAGUCCUCCUUUGCCACACAGGGCUCCUCGUCUUCUGGCGGCAAUCUCGAGGCCGCGUCUGCCGUCUUCUCGUCUUCGGUAUCCUCGUCUCAAUGGGACCUCGCGGAAGCCGCAAGCUAUCAUAACAGCGGCAGCGGGCUAUCUGGACACAACUUGCGCCCGCCCGGCUCUUCUGGUAGUGACGUUAUCGAUCCCCGGGAGCGGAGGGGUCGCUCAACUAGGCAGGCGUCCGCCGCAUCCGAAUCCGGGUCCGGCACCCUGCGAUCUAGUCGGAAUGGACGAGUUACUAGGGGUAUUUUGUCGGGAAUCAUGCGAAUGGGACGCAGUGAUUCUCCGGAUGCAGCUCCGGGAGGAUCGAGCGGAACUCGGACGCCGGGCAAAGAGAGGUAA